GGACGUGAAUAAAGCUUAGACUAGUCGGGUCACAGACUACUCUGCCCUCUAGCUACUUCCGUUCCACCAAGUGCUAGCAACCGUCACAUGUGAGCAGACCACAACAGUUGAACGCGCGACUUCAAACAUGGCUAACUAUCUGAAGUGGCACGUCUCGAUGGCGUUAGCUGUUCUGUGGUGGACUAGUUGUGGAUAUGUUGAAGGACAAGUUAGAUCCCGAGAAAAACCACACAUGCUGCGUCUGUAUGAAGACUUGCUCGGCGAGAACAGCAGCUAUACACCCGACGUGAGGCCCGUGUAUGACUCCCGGACCCCCACCGACGUUACUGUCAACAUGGCACUGGCUCAUAUCAUAGACAUGGACGAGAAGAACCAAGUUCUCACUGCAGACGUUUGGUUGAGACUGAAUUGGACAGACGAGUUUCUGACGUGGAACGCGACCGAGUACGGAAGGAUAGACCUCAUCACUGUCAAAGCCGCCAAAAUUUGGCGACCAGACUUCUUCCUCUACCAUAACGUGAACCACGAGUUUGACGGGUGGCUGGAGGAUGUGGUGAUGAUCUCUUCUGACGGCCAGGUGGACUGGAAAGCCCCCGCCGUGACCAUGUCUGCCUGUCUAGUGGACGUGUCUGACUUCCCCUUUGACAAACAGAAAUGCCCGCUGAAGUUCGGCUCGUGGAACCAAGAUGGGCGCCAGGUCAACUAUGUCCAGGGUGAAGAUGGAGACUUGAAGAACCUUAUCGAAAACGUGGAGUGGAAUGUAUCGAAACUGUCGGUGGAAAGACACGAGGGAAAUUUCAACGGUGUUCCGUAUCCGGAUGUGACCUUCACCAUCCACAUGACCCGGCGAUCCACGUUCUACGUCAUCAACAUGCUCGUGCCCUGCACCCUGCUGGCCUUCGUGGUGGGGGCGACCUUCUACCUGCCGCCCGACUGCGGGGAGAAGAUCUCGUUCGGCGUGUCGGUGCUGCUGUCCCUGGCGGUGUUCCAGCUGCUGGUGGCGGAGGCGGUGCCUCGGUCAGAAAACAUUCCGGCAAUAGGCGUUUACAUCAUUGUGUCUAUGGCUCUGAUGUCCCUCUCGCUCAUCGCUGCUGCGUUCGUCAUCACACUAGGCGACUCCGUUCAGGACAGCAAGCCGGUCCCUGAUUGGGCGCGGAAAGUGUUCCUCAAGUACGUUUCCAAGGCCCUGCUGAUGGGCGACCAAUCACGACACGGUUGGCAUUCCCGUGAGCACAGCUACAGCCCACCAACCACCUUGCCGCUAACGGAGAUGAACGGCUUUGCAAACGGAAACGGCAUGUAUUCUGUCAACAGGGAUUAUCCUAGCGUCCGAUCUACCAUGUCUACGAAUAUGUCCACAAGCUUCUCACACAGUCACCCCGCAUUGGAGAAACAGCUGAAGUAUCUCAAACAAGUCCAGUGCACGGUGCAGGAGAUUCUGAACAAAAUGAAAAACGUAGACAUGGUGCACAGUGUCCACAACGAGUGGAAGAUUCUGGCCAAAGUAGUGGACAGAAUCUUCCUGGUACUUUACAUCAUCGCUAGUGUCAUCACACUGUUAGUGACCUUUCGCAACCUCCGAAGAUGAUUGCAAUAGCUCAAUUGGUAGAGUGCUCGCUUUGUAACCGGGAGGUCGUGAGUUCAAACCCCGACCGGGUCAUACCAAAGACUUUAAAAAUGGUACACAUUUCUUUCUCUGCUUGAGAAAAGGGUGUGGGGAAAAGGUGUAGGAAAAGAGUAUGGGAAGGUCAAACACACAGCACUACCAGCUGACUACCCCCCUGCUGUAGUGCCCUGCACAACUGUGUGUCGCCCAAAGGCUACGGAAAUGGACAUGGGCACCAAACCCUAUGCUCUGCAUAGAGCACGGGAGAAGAUGAUACAAAUGGGAGAGAAGGCUAAGAUAGCAAAACCUUUUUUCAAUAAUCUUAACAUUCUAGUCUAAGACGUCCAUAUAUAUAUAAUAUGGAGCAUUCUUAUUGAGUGCAACUUGUAUAUUGAUGGGCAUGCACGGAGAUGAGACACAAGACGGUAUUUGUUGUACAUAUGCACUGUAUCCAUGUUAUAUACGAGUAUAUGCAUUUCAUU